AUGGAGCAGUACUUGAGAAAUAAAAAUAUUGGUCUGGACUUCCUGCACUCCAGGCUGAACCCUCACCACCUCCAGCACCACCAGAUCAAAGUUCAUCUUCUGAACAAGUGUUACUUUGACUUGAAGACCGAGCCCAGGGAGGUGUCCAUGAGAGAUGAGAACAACAGGAUGAAUUGUGUUGACAUCUUGCAAACUGCAAACCCCUGCCAGCUGCAGAAGAUGAAGAAGGUGGGGAAAAAACAGACUGAAAUCCAGCUGACACUUUUAACUGAGCUGUUGCAACAGCUGGAAAGAGGUUGGGAGGAGCUGAGCCAUUAUGUAGAGACCUGUGACAUGGCAACUUUCCAGUGGCACUUGACUAGGAAGAGAGUGCUCAAGCUCUCCAUGCUUUUAGCUAAACUCAUUGCCUUGGAAGAGCUGAGAAAGCUCUAUGUCAAGCACACUUUCGUGUCACAGGUCGAUCUUGGAGGUGCUGUGCAUCCUCACAUUAAUAUUUCUCUCUAUACAAAGAAGCCACUGAUUUUUAAUGGGACAGAAUCAUUUGCACAUCACAACUGGGCCCAGCUCAAGUGGCUUACUGAGAAUCAAGAGUCAGACCCCAAACAGUGGCAACUGGAGAUCAGGUUAGUGACAGAUGACAGUCACACAGGACCAGGAUAUAUGAAAAGAUCUGACACUGACACACUUUGUGCACCGUGGCAUGACAGCCUCAUACUGAAGACA